CGCCUGCUGGUAAGGAUUGGUUUGUGCAGACAAUAACCGUCGUAUCAAAACGAGUUUAUAGUGAAUGUGGGAACGAAAAGAUCAUCGAAAGAUCUUAUAAUUGACUAAUUUUGUCAUAAAUUAACGUUACUGGUUGCGUAAACCAGAUUUAUGGUUACUUGUUUGCGGCGCGUGUACAGUAGAGUGUCGGGCAACUUGUGCUAAACAGUGGAGAAACAAAAAAAAAGUUGAGUCAAGGAAACAGCUUGUCUCGAAGCUUGAAGCACUAGAGAUUGUGUUGUUGAUUCUCCGAAUAGCGUUGGUAGUCUUGCAUUCGUAUCGCCAAUAGCGUCUCUCUCCGGACGCAUCCUGUAUAUCGCAAGUAAGCGGUGGUGAACGUAUAAAGUGUAAUCAAAUUGAAAAAUAACAUUAAAAGAACCAGAAAUGGCGCAGAGAUUUCCUGUACCAAACACAGGGAGCAAUGGUCCUCCUCCUCAACGAUAUCCACCAUCUUCGGUACCACCAAAUCUACGUCAAUAUUCAGGACCUAAUUUUCCUAUGCAGCAAAGAUCUGGAUUUACUCCACCUCCACAACUGGCCAAUGCUGGACCUGGUCCUGGAGGAAUAAUGAGACCAAAUCAGCCUUAUUCAAAUAUGCGACAAGGGCCAAUGCCUACUCCACCUGUUGGUGGAAAAAGAAGUGCAGAUCAACGUAUUCCUAUGUCACAGCAAAAACCGUAUUUUUGGAACAGUGAUUUUUCACAUUCCACAUCAAAGAAAAAGAAGAAAUUGGCAGACAAAAUACUACCUCAGAAAGUACGUGAUUUAGUGCCAGAAUCACAAGCUUAUAUGGACUUGCUUGCAUUUGAAAGAAAAUUAGAUGCAACUAUAAUGCGGAAACGUCUCGAUAUUCAAGAAGCUUUGAAACGUCCAAUGAAACAAAAACGAAAAUUGCGCAUUUUUAUCUCAAAUACGUUCUAUCCGGCUAAGGAAGCAAGUGAAGGAGAAGAAGGAUCUGUGGCAUCUUGGGAGCUUAGAGUCGAAGGACGUCUAUUAGAUGAUACUAAAAAUGAUCCUAAUAAGGUGAAACGAAAAUUUUCUUCUUUCUUUAAAAGUUUAGUAAUAGAACUGGACAAAGAUCUGUAUGGACCUGAUAAUCAUUUAGUUGAAUGGCAUCGCACAUUAACCACUCAAGAAACUGAUGGGUUUCAAGUUAAAAGGCCAGGAGAUAAAAAUGUUCGUUGUACAAUAUUACUUCUUCUCGACUACCAGCCACUCCAGUUUAAAUUGGAUCCACGAUUAGCACGACUGUUAGGUGUACACACGCAAACACGACCUGUCAUCAUAUCUGCACUCUGGCAAUAUAUAAAAACGCACAAGCUUCAAGAUAGUCAUGAGAGAGAAUUCAUUAACUGUGAUAAAUAUUUGGAACAAAUAUUUGCUUGUUCUCGAAUGAAGUUCGCUGAAAUACCGCAACGAUUGAAUCCGUUGUUACAUCCGCCCGACCCCAUUGUAAUAAAUCAUGUUAUAAGCGUCGAAGGAACGGAAACAAAACAAACCGCGUGUUAUGACAUUGAUGUAGAAGUCGACGAUACGCUGAAAACACAAAUGAACAAUUUUUUACUAUCGACCGCGAGCCAACAAGAAAUCCAGAGUUUGGAUAAUAAAAUACAUGAAACUGUUGAAACCAUUAACCAAUUGAAGACCAAUCGUGAAUUCUUUCUGAGUUUUGCCAAAGAUCCACAACAGUUUAUUAAUAAGUGGAUCAUUUCUCAAACUAGAGAUUUGAAAACCAUGACUGACGUGGUAGGCAAUCCAGAAGAAGAACGAAGAGCUGAAUUUUAUUACCAGCCAUGGGCACAAGAGGCAGUGUGUCGUUACUUUUACACAAAAGUGCAGCAAAAACGAGCGGAAUUGGAACAAGCAUUGGGAAUCAGAAACUCGUAAAACUAUCAGAACUAUAUUUGAGAUCUCUCAUUUAUUAAAUCUGUGUAAGAUAUUUGUGUUUAUUCUUCUUAUAACAUAACAACGGUAUUAUAUAAUCGGGUUUUUAAAAUAUAUAACGUUUAUAUUAUUGUUUGUAAUAUUAAUUGUAGAUUGCGCGAAUAAAAUUGCAUUUAUCACACGAAAUCACUACUUUUGUGUGCAAAAAUAAAGGUAUACAAUUUUAUUCGUAUAAUACAAACUGUAUAUAUCAUGUAUGUAUAAUUUGUGUUGUGGAACACAACGAAAAUUUUUAUAGAAUUAUAGUCAAAUUUCAUUAAACUGAAAUCUGCUAAAGUAAAAUAAUUGCGAGAUUGAAAAAAUUCUUUUCAAUUCUUUUCAAAGUUUACUUCUCUUCUAGCGCUGACACACUAAUCAAUCAAUUUGGUUAAAACUUUGGAAGGGACCAGUAAGAACCAAACGUUGGUAAUGAUACUAUAUUACUGUUAUAGUUACUUUGACUUUAGUUCGAUUAAAACGCGUUUGGCUAAAUUCAUUUGUUAACAUUAGAGGCUAUUAUCAUAUCAUUUAAUUAUAUUUAGUCACAGAUAUUUACACAUCUCUAUCAGCAUUUGGCUCUUAUCGGCUCUUCAAAUUU